AUGGCGAACUACCACCCUCCAUUCUCUAGCGCGCCGCUUAAGACGGUCGAGGAGAUUCAGUUUGGUUUGAUGUCUCCCGAAGAAAUCAAGAACAUGAGUGUAUGCCAUAUUCUCUAUCCUGAGACGAUGGACGAGAGUCGCACCAAGCCACGCGAUGGUGGGCUCAACGAUCCUCUUCUUGGUUCUAUCGAUAGAGGGUUCAAGUGCAAAACCUGCACGCAGUCCAUGAGUGACUGCCCCGGUCACUUUGGACACAUCGAGUUGGCCAAGCCCGUGUACCAUCCCGGUUUCAUUAAGAAGGUCAAAAAGAUUUUGGAGAUUGUCUGCCACAACUGCAGCAAGGUGUUGGCCGAUACUAGCGAUCCCGAGUUUGUCACCGCAAUCAACACGCGAGAUGCUAAACUACGCUUCAAUCGUGUCUGGGCAGUCUGCAAGAAGAAGCGGAGAUGUGAAAACGAAGAUCGUAACGAGAAGAACGACGAUGAGUUUGCUCCUGGCAUGAAACCAGUCGCACACAACCAUGGUGGUUGCGGAAACGUGCAGCCGCAGGUCCGACAGGCGGCUUUGCAGCUCAAGGCUGCGUUCGAUGUUGCGCAAGAGGACGGCCCCAAGAGGCGAGAGACGGUGCCGAUCACGCCAGAGAUGGCUCACGGUAUUCUGAGAAGAAUCUCGGAGGAGGAUCUUCGGCACAUGGGCCUCAACUCGGAUUAUGCUCGCCCAGAGUGGAUGAUUCUCACUGUGCUCCCUGUCCCCCCACCGCCUGUUCGUCCCAGCAUUUCCAUGGAUGGUACUGGCACCGGCAUGCGAAAUGAAGACGAUUUGACCUACAAACUUGGUGAUAUUAUCCGUGCCAACGGCAAUGUGAAGCAGGCUAUCCGCGAAGGAUCACCUCAGCACAUUGCGCGCGAUUUUGAGGAGUUGCUGCAGUACCAUGUGGCAACAUACAUGGACAACGACAUUGCUGGACAACCGCGUGCGUUGCAAAAGAGCGGCCGUCCAGUCAAAGCUAUCAGGGCUAGGUUAAAGGGUAAAGAAGGCCGCUUGAGAGGUAACUUGAUGGGCAAGCGUGUGGAUUUCUCUGCGCGUACUGUCAUCACUGGUGACGCCAACCUGUCUCUUCACGAAGUCGGCGUUCCUCGCAGCAUUGCCAGAACCCUCACCUAUCCCGAAACAGUCACACCUUAUAAUAUUGGCAAGCUGCAUCAACUCGUUGAGAACGGACCGAACGAACAUCCUGGUGCCAAAUACGUCAUCAGAGCCGAUGGUACUCGAAUUGAUUUGCGCCAUCACCGACGGGCCGCCCAGAUUUCUCUGGAGUAUGGUUGGAAGGUUGAGCGGCAUUUGAUGGAUGGUGACUAUAUUAUUUUCAACCGACAACCCUCUCUGCACAAGGAAUCCAUGAUGGGUCACCGAGUUCGUGUCAUGCCUUACUCAACAUUCCGACUGAACUUGUCUGUCACUUCGCCCUACAAUGCUGAUUUUGACGGUGACGAAAUGAACUUGCACGUCCCGCAGACUGAAGAAACACGUGCAGAAGUCAAGGAGUUGUGCCUUGUGCCCAACAAUAUUGUCUCUCCUCAAAAGAACGGUCCCUUGAUGGGUGUUGUGCAGGACUCUCUUGCUGGUGUUUACAAACUCUGCAGACGAGACACCUUUAUCGACAAGGAAAUGGUCAUGAACAUGAUGCUCUGGGUGCCCAAUUGGGACGGUGUUAUUCCCCAACCAGCCAUUCUCAAACCGCGGCCUCGCUGGACCGGAAAACAGCUCAUCAGCAUGGUCAUUCCUCAGGAGAUUAGUUUGCAUGCCCCUGAAGGUGACUCUGAUAUCCCCCUCAAGGAUACCGGGCUCCUCAUCCAGAGCGGCGAACUUCUGUAUGGUCUUCUGAAGAAGAAAAACGUGGGUGCAGCGGCUGGUGGUAUUAUUCAUCUGUGCUACAAUGAGCUUGGCCCCGAAGGUGCCAUGGCUUUUCUGAAUGGUGUUCAACAAGUAGUCACUUAUUGGCUUCUCAACACCGGUCACAGUAUCGGUAUUGGAGAUACUGUUCCAGACAAGCAGACCAUUGAAAAGAUUCAGGUUCACAUUGACACGCAGAAGGCCGAGGUCGCCAAGCUCACGGCCCAGGCCACGGCAAACGAGCUCGAAGCCCUGCCAGGUAUGAAUGUCCGAGCUACAUUCGAGAACAAAGUCUCCAUGGCUCUCAACUCCGCCCGUGACCAGGCUGGUACCACGACACAGAAGAGUUUGAAGGACUCGAACAAUGCUGUAACCAUGUCGGAAUCUGGUUCCAAGGGAUCCUCAAUUAACAUCUCGCAAAUGACAGCCCUCGUCGGCCAGCAAAUUGUGGAAGGAAAGCGUAUUCCGUUCGGUUUCAAGUAUCGAACAUUGCCCCAUUUCACAAAGGAUGACUAUUCUCCUGAAGCACGUGGCUUUGUCGAGAACUCUUACCUUCGUGGUCUCACACCCUCUGAAUUCUUCUUCCACGCCAUGGCUGGUAGAGAAGGUCUCAUUGAUACUGCUGUCAAGACUGCAGAGACAGGUUAUAUUCAGCGACGACUUGUGAAGGCCCUUGAAGACUUGAGCGCUCGGUAUGAUGGAACUGUACGAAACUCGCUGGGUGAUAUCGUCCAGUUUCUCUAUGGAGAAGAUGGUCUCGAUGCCAUGUGCAUUGAGAAGCAGAAGCUCGGUAUCCUCAAAAUUUCAGAUGCUGCAUUCGAGAAGAAAUAUCGUCUGGACUUGGCCAACCCACCUGAUUGGUUCAAGAAGGAUUACGAGUAUGGCAACGAGUUGGCUGGUGAUAAGGAAUCGAUGGAUCUGCUCGAUUCUGAAUGGGAAACGCUACUGUCUGACCGACAGACUGUGCGGCUCAUCAAUAAGUCUAAGAUGGGGGAGGAGAUGAUGCAGCUUCCGCUCAAUAUUGGCCGAAUGAUUGAAACUGCCAAACGAGUUUUCAAUGUUCGUGCCACCGACCGUAGCAAUUUGCGUCCCGCCGAUGUUAUUCCAAGGAUACAAAACCUCCUGAGCGAACUCAGGAUCGUGCGAGGAUCAGAUCCAAUUUCGAUGGAAGCGGACCUGAAUGCCACCAUUUUGUUUAAGGCUUUGGUUCGCUCUCGACUUGCUUUCAAGGAGAUUGUCAAGGUUCACCGCCUGAACAAGCUUGCAUUUGAUCAUGUCCUUGGCGAGCUUCAGAACCGCUGGGACCGUUCCUUCGUCUCUCCCGGUGAAAUGGUUGGUGUUCUUGCUGCCCAGUCGAUUGGUGAGCCUGCCACUCAGAUGACACUGAACACUUUCCACUUUGCCGGUGUGUCCUCCAAGAACGUGACACUCGGCGUUCCCCGUCUCAAGGAGAUUCUUAACUUGGCAAAGGAUAUCAAGACGCCUAGCAUGGCAGUUUACUUGAACACAAAGCUGGGAACCCAGGAACAGGCCAAAAAACUUCGAAGCAUGGUCGAGUACACCAACUUGCGGUCAAUCACGUCCGUGACUGAGAUUUACUAUGAUCCCGAUAUCCAGGGCACCACCAUUGCUGAGGAUAUGGACAUGGUCGAAUCCUACUUCUUGAUUCCUGACGAUGGCCAGGACAAUACAGAUCAGCAAUCGAGGUGGCUGUUGCGAAUUACUCUCGAUCGACAGAAGCUCCUCGAUAAGGAAAUCAGGAUUGAUGACGUGGCCCAGCGCAUCAAGGAGGAAUAUCCCAAUGAUCUAGCUGUCAUCUUCAGUGACAACAACGCAGAUGAGCAGGUCAUCCGUAUUCGAACAGUUAGGCAGUCUGACGAAAAGGAUGAAGAUGGAGAAAAGAAGAUUGAAGAUGACGUCAUGCUUAAGCGUUUGGAAGCCCAUCUUCUUGACACGUUGACUCUGCGUGGUGUGCCAGGCAUUGAGAGGGCUUUCUUGACCAAGGGUACCCGUUUGACCGUUGGCGAAGAUGGAUCUGAGCUUGCUAUCAAGGACGAUCCCCGUUGCACCCAGUGGUACUUGGAUACAUCGGGCUCCGCUCUUCGGGAUGUCCUCGCUGUCGACGGUGUUGAUGCAUCGCGAACAUACACAAACGACUUGUGGCAGAUUGUUGAAGUUUUUGGUAUUGAAGCUGCACGAUCUGCAUUGGUGAAGGAACUGACAAACGUCUUGGCCUUUGACGGUUCGUACGUCAAUCACCGUCAUAUUGCGCUGCUGGUUGAUGUCAUGACCUACAGAGGCAGCAUCUCGGCCGUCACUCGACAUGGUAUUAACCGGGCGGACACUGGUGCUCUGAUGCGUUGUUCAUUCGAGGAGACGGUCGAGAUUCUCCUCGAAGCUGCUGCUACCGGCGAGCUCGACGACUGCCGCGGCAUUUCUGAAAACGUCAUGCUCGGACAGCUCGCACCUAUGGGGACGGGUAACUUUGACGUCUUGCUCGAUCCUAAGAUGCUGGAAACAGUCAUCUCGGACAAUUCUCGUAUGGGUCUCAUGCCAGGCAUGCCUGUCAAGGAUGGCGAGGCGGAGGGUGCCGCAACGCCCUACGACACCGGCUCACCCAUGUCCAACGACUCUGGCUACAUGAGUAUGAACUCCCCGGCCGCGGGAAACUUUUCACCCAUCCAGGGUGCCGGAUCAGAGACACCUGCUGGGUUCGGUACCGAGUACGGCGGUGGUGGCUUCGGCAAUGUUGGAUCCAUGAGCCCUUACUCGCGGGGGGCGACGAGCCCAUUCAGCACGUCACCUACUUCACCAUUCAGCUCGGGCAUGGUUGGCUACUCUCCCUCGUCGCCCAAUGCUGGCUACUCCCCUACAUCGCCGCUUUUGGAUGGCGGUGCUGGGCGCUAUGCCACCUCUCCCUCUUUCAGUCCGUCGUCGCCUUCCUUCUCGCCCACCUCGCCGAUGCUGCGACCGACGAGUCCAGCCAGUCCAAACUACAGCCCGACGUCACCGAGUUACUCGCCGACCUCGCCCACCUCUCCUCGGCACUACUCGCCUACGUCGCCUGCCCAGUUCAACUCGCCCACCUCUCCCAGCUACUCGCCUGCCAGUCCCAACUACAGCCCUGCGUCGCCUAAUCUCCACGGCGCGGCCGGUGCUACCUCCCCUUCGUACUCUCCAGCUUCUCCAUCUUGGUCUCCCACAUCUCCUGAGGCAUACUCGCCCACGAGUCCAAGUUUCCAGAGAAGCCCUGGAAACCAGCAGAGCCCGACGAGCCCCAGCUACUCGCCUACGUCGCCUGCUUUCUCUCCCCGGACACCUGGUCCGGGUAAUUCGGGCAAUCAAUAG